AUGCCGGCCACGUCCCCAAACCACCCUUUCGCCUCGCCCAACGCUAUCCCACCCCGCACAAGCUCCACGGGCAUGCUCAACUUGAACGCGAACACCGCCGCCAAGCAACCUUCCAGAAGCAGCGUCCUGCGUCCCCUGAGCGAGAUUGAUUGGCUGGGCCAGAGCAAGAAAAGCAAGACGAGCCACUCUGCGGACCCUUUGAAUGCGCCUUUCCAACAACAGUCGUUACAACAUCCUCGACCCCCAACCUUGGCCUCGCAGUUGAAUUCGCCUCCCCGCAUCGAGCACACCGACAUGGAUUCGCCCAUGAACAAUACUCAAGCCGGCGCGAACUUCGAAGUCAGCACAAACUACCCCAUGCCACUCUCUCCACCAUCAGAACACGUCAAGGACAUAGGCGAAGAGCUGAUAUACGGCAACGGGGUCGCGUGGACAGAGGCGAAAGAGCGCAUAUUACUGGGGCCCUACGACUACCUGUAUGGACACCCCGGCAAGGAUAUACGGAGUCAAUGCAUUGCCGCCUUUAACCUGUGGUUGAAGGUACCAUCAGAAAGACUUGAAAUUAUUACCAAAGUAGUGGGCAUGCUGCAUACCGCGAGUCUACUCGUCGACGACGUAGAAGACUCCUCUCUCCUCCGCCGCGGUAUCCCGGUCGCUCACUCCAUCUUCGGUACCCCGCAAACGAUCAACUCGGCAAACUACGUCUACUUCCGCGCUCUUUCCCUUCUCCUCUCCAUGAACAACCCCAAGCUCAUCGAGAUAUUCACCGAGGAGCUCUUGAACCUGCACCGCGGACAGGGUAUGGACCUAUACUGGAGGGACAGCUUGACAUGUCCAAGUGAGGCAGACUACCUAGAGAUGGUAGGGAAUAAGACAGGCGGACUAUUCAGAUUAGCCAUCAAGCUCAUGCAAGCCGAGUCGAAAACAGACAUCGACUGCACUCCCCUCGUUUCAACAAUAGGCCUACUGUUCCAAAUCCUAGACGACCACCUAAACCUCUCGCCCACAUCCGGCUACACAACCCUCAAAGGUCUCUGCGAAGACCUCACAGAGGGCAAAUUCAGCUUCCCCGUCAUCCACGCCAUAAGAGCCGAUCCAAGCAACCAGAUUCUCAUCAACAUCCUCAAGCAAAAAACUACGGAUGAGGAGGUUAAAAGGUAUGCGCUGAGGUAUAUGGAGAGCAAAGGGAGCUUCGAAUAUAGCAAGGGUGUUAUUGGGGAGCUGAGGAGUAAGACGGAUGACCAUGUCAGGAAUAUUGAGAGGGAGUUGGGGCAGGAUGGCAAAGAAGGGGCCGAGGCGUUACGGGUUAUGUUGGCGAGGUUGGUGUUGAAGUGA